UCUUCAAAUGCAAGAAGCUGUUGCCAUAGCAUUUUCCUCCUCUAUCCCUGCCUACUUCUCCUCCCCACAAGCUGCAACAAUUUGUGCUCCACCGUUUUCCUUCAGGAACCAGAUGCAUUUUUCAAAAGCCGGGACUCCAGUGGUGUGAUACCUACACCACUUAAUAACUGUAUUGGUAAGGAUAUUGAAUACGUCUGAGGGUGCUAUUAAGUUUCUCAAGACAAAAUCAUCUUUGCAGAUGCAAUUGCAGCACAGGAAACAGACUCAGGGAGAAUUUUAGCCCUCCCAAAUCUCAUUGGCCCUCUGCACAAGCCAAGCCACAAUCACUCCUGCAACACAACCGAAUCCUUUCAGCACUUGCAGCCGUGGACAGCUCCCUCGCCGCGCGGGCCAGUUCUCCGCAGUGAGGUGACUCGCGUUCAGCCUGCGCGGUUCGGUGCGGUACUCGACACCAAGUCCGCCAGCGCACACGGCACACGCGCUCCCUCCCUCCUCCCUCUCGGUGCCCCCGCCCCUCUCUCACCCUGCUCACUCCAGCGGCGACUUUGAGGGAUUCCCUCUCGGACAGCCUCUGCAGCAUCACAUCUGGCCUCAAUCGCUGCUCCGAGAGCAUGGAUCUCCGAGGAAGAACCGUUCUCAGCGUGGACAGACUUCGGUUUCUUCUGAUGCUGUUCUAUACAAUGGCUGGAAUCAUGGGAGAACAAGAAGUGGAAAAUCUUUCAGGCCUUUCGACUAAUCCUGAAAAAGAUAUAUUUGUGGUGCGGGAAAAUGGGACGACGUGUCUCAUGGCAGAGUUUGCAGCCAAAUUUAUUGUCCCUUAUAAUGUGUGGGCCAGCAAUUCUGUCGAUCUGCUCACGGAACAGGCUGAUAUCUCACUGACCCGGGGAGCUGAGGUGAAGGGUCGCUGUGGCCACAACGAGUCGGAGCUGCAGGUGUUCUGGGUGGAUCGCGCGUAUGCACUCAAAAUGCUGUUUGUAAAGGAAAGUCACAACAUGUCCAAGGGACCCGAGGCGACGUGGAGGCUGAGCAAGGUCCAGUUUGUCUACGACUCCUCGGAGAAGACCCAUUUUAAAGACGCAGUGGCCGCCGGGAAGCACACAGCCAACUCGCAUCACCUCUCUGCCUUGGUCACCCCAGCUGGGAAGUCCUACGAGUGUCAAGCCCAGCAGACCAUUUCACUGGCCUCCAGCGAUUCGCAGAAGACCGUCACCAUGAUCCUGUCUGCAGUCCACAUCCAGCCCUUUGAUAUCAUCUCUGAUUUUGUCUUCAGUGAAGAGCAUAAAUGCCCAGUGGACGAGAGGGAGCAGUUGGAGGAAACCUUGCCUCUGAUUUUGGGGCUCAUCUUGGGCUUCGUCAUUGUGGUAACGCUGGUGAUUUACCACAUCCACCACAAAAUGACUGCCAACCAGGUCCAGAUCCCUAGGGACCGAUCCCAAUAUAAGCACAUGGGCUAGGGGCCAUCAGGCAGGCAGCCCCCGAGCCCCCCUCCCCCCGGCUGGAUCAGAUAGAGAAACAAAAGCACUUUCCACCUUGUACCCGGGAUAUACCAACAUAGCUACAACCAAACAGGCCUGGGUAUUCAAGUCUUGCUUGGCCUGCAUCCAUGCUUAAACCCCGGGAUGGGGGGAUUCUUUUGGGUUCACGGGGUGAAGAGCAGUUGUUCUCUCCAUGCUGGGGAUUGGGAGGGAGAGGUCAGCCAGCUUUAUGCUCAUGGUGGCUUGGCUUUGACUCUCCAAGGAGCAACACAUACAACUCAGAGGCAUAUUUGGGUCUGAAGUUUAGGGAUUGGAACCACAGAGCUUUUGGAAAGAUAGCCCUUAAGGUUCAAGAGGAACAUUGGAUGCUUUGAUCCCUUGGAAACAGAUGGCUUACCCUAUACUGUUGUCAAUGCACACAAAA